AUGAACAAAUGCUUGAAUAUACUCGAUUUACCUGAUGAACUUUUACUUAUUAUUUGUAAUAAAAUGAAUAUAGUUGAUGUUCUAUAUUCACUUGUGAAUGUUAAUCAACGACUUGAUCAAUUAGUACUUGAUCCUCUUACUAUUCGUAAUCUUGAUAUGACUAUUAGAACUUUUGAAUCGGUAUAUGAUCAGACCUUUUCAAUAGAUGAUAAAAUUCUUUCAAGAAUAUGUGAUCAAAUCUUAUGUCGAAUUUAUGAUCAAAUAAAUGCACUUACUAUUGAACAAUAUUCAAUAAAACGUAUUCUUCAUGCUACUGAUUAUCCUCAACUAUAUUCAUUAUCACUCAUUAAUUUUGAAGGAAAAAUACUUGAUCAAUAUUUAACAGAUGAUUCUGUUCUUCGUGAUUUGCUCAGUGAACAAAUAACACAUCUUAAUAUUGAUAUAAAGAAUGCAAAUAGAGAAUUGACUGAAAUUACAAGAAAAAUUUUUGUAUUAAUUUUAUCUUUAUGUAAAAAAUUAACUGAAUUAAAUUUUUGUGAUUUAUUUUUUGAACGAAAACAUUGGAAUUAUAUUUCUCGUUUAACAAGAACAAGUUUAACGUCUUCAACUUUAACUAAAUUAAAAAUUAAUCUUGCAACAUUUGCUGACUGCUUGUUUCUUCUUAAUGGAGAUUUCGAAUGUUUAACAACAUUAAUUGUUCAUGUGAAAAAAAAACUCCCCAAAUUAAAAUAUUUGUCGUUUAUUUCACCUGAUUACACAGAUAAACAUGACACUCAAGUUUUUCCAUUUAUUCGUCGAAUGAUAAAUCUUGAAGAAUUAAAGUUAUAUUUAUUAAUAGACGUAUAUGAUGCAAAUUAUAUUGAUGGUAUUCAAUUAUAUAAUGAACUUCUUUGUCAUAUGAAUAAAUUAAAUCAAUUUACAUUUAACAUUCAGACACGUACCUAUCGAUGUUACACUGAUAUUAACUUUUCAUCAAAUGAAGAUAUUCAACGUAGUUUCAUUGGAAAAGACAUAUAUAAACAAAUUGAUUCAUAUAUCAAUACUAAAUCAUGUUUUCGAUCAAAAUGUCAUAUUUAUUCACUUCCAUAUCAAUUCGAAUAUUUACUUGAAAUUAAUAAUUCUUUUCCAGGAGGUACGUUUCAUACAGUUCGACAUUUGGAAGUUAUUGAUAUAUUUCCUUUUGAACAUAAUUUUUUUCAAAUUAUCUCUCAUGAUAUACCUUUUAUCGAAACAUUACGUAUAGAUAAUGAUAAACCACAAAAAUAUAAACACUAUUCAUCUACUGAACUAACUAUGUUUCCUUAUCUUAAACGUCUUAAUCUACAAUCGGCACAUGAAGAUUAUGCUGAACAAUUUCUCUUGAAGAAAAUAACUUAUCUACCUUAUUUAUUUAACCUUAACAUCAAAUGUGAAUCACUAAUAAUGAUAACAAACAAUUUUACCAUUGAUACAACAUAUUUUAACUCUAGUAGAGUAAAACAUCUUUAUCUAAAUCACUCACUUCAUUCAGAAAAUCUUUGUCAAUAUUUUCCUAUGUUAUAA